AUGAAUAUAUCUACCACGCAGCGCCCGUCGCUAUGUACACUACCCGUGGAACUUAUUCAUCAUAUUUUCCAUUAUCUUGAUGCACAAACAAUUGUUCGUUCGUUUCGUAGUGUUUGCAAACAAUUUUACACAAUUGUUAAAGCAUACGAUCAAUUUAAAUUGGAUUUCAAUGCAAGCUUAAAGUCGGACUUUCUUUUUCUUUGCAAUUUCAUUUCGCCGGAGAAUAUUCAAUCGCUUACAUUGUCUGAUAGAGAUGAGACACCAGGACAAGUGGAAUUUUUUUUGUCGUUCACACGCAUCAAACAAUUUACUCGAUUACGCUAUUUGACUAUUUUUGAAAUUGAUGACUGUUAUUUGAAUAUUAUUUUGAAAGAUUUAUCUACUUUAACACUUCAAUCGUUAUGCAUUCAUUCAGAACGAGAUUAUUCGCGAGACAAUACAAGUUUGGAUCAAUUGUCAUCGGUAAUGUCAUUACCUAGCCUUCACAACGUCAAUUUAAAUAUUCCUAAUUUGAAUUUAUCUGAAUUACUAUGGUCGCUAGAAUGUAAAGUACAACAUCUAGAAAUUUAUUGUCGUACUCUCGAUGAAUAUUGUAAUAUUCUCAAUCAUUUGCCUAAUCUGCGAAAAUUCGUAGUGAUACAGUUAAAUCAGGAUAGUACGGAUGAAAUAGUUACUCAACUAUCAAAUUUAACACCAUUUCGUCAACUAUCUUAUCUAGCAUUCAAACAUUGUCAUAUUGAUAUUAUCUUACUUGAAUUGCUUCUUUUAUUGGCACCUUCAAUUGAACGUCUUCAGUUGAUACGAUCGAUAGAUUUACAUACUUUUAUAGCCCACUUGCAUCAAUGGGCAAAUUUCGUUGAAACAAAGUUACCAUUCUUAACACAAUUCGAAUUUUUUCUUACUGAAGAUGAACAUGAUUUUAAUUUCACCGUGGAUACCGAAUCUCUUAUAGAUCCAUUUCGAACAUCAUUCUGGACCGAAAAGAAAAGUUGGUUUGCUAUAUGUGAUUACAUCGUUUAUCCACGAACUGUUAUUCUCUACACGCCAUUGACCUUUGAUCCUGAAUUUGAAUAUGUAUAUGAGUCGAAGGAAAUUCGACGUUCGAGUUCAGUACCAAACAUAAAUAAUGCAACAAAGAUGGAUGGUGUGCGUAAAUUGCGUUUAGAUUUGACAAAUGUAAUGACUUUGGCCACAUCGUCACAGGGUGGCUUACCACAUAAUAUUCGAUUCCCGCGACUUGAUCAACUGACAAUACGUAUUGGUGAUGAGUGGCCGUUGGGUUCACUUCGAUUCCUUUCGAGUCUCGUCGAUUUGUCGAAUCUUAUCAAACUUUCGUUGCAAAUAAGUAGCGCAUUCUAUAACUCUUCGGAAUGGACAGAUGUACAUGGAGCAAAGCAAUCUCUUGAAAAAUCAUUGAAUGAAAUAAAUGUAGAGAUUUAUCCAAAAAGUAUUAUUCAAUAUAUUGAUCAAUUAAUGGGAAAAUUAAAACGACUGAAUGAAUAUUCAAUCAAACCUAAUUCAAUGUUGGUUCUUGGAUUAAAAUCAAUUCUAGCAAAAUCACUUCAUCGUCUAUUAAAAGAAAAUUAUUAUAUUGACGAGUUAGUGUAUUAUACUGAUCAACUUGAUGAGCAUUUCUAUCUAUUAACAGUCACAACUAUAAAUACAUCUGUAUCCAUAAAUCUAUUUGAUGAAUUUACAAUUUCAUAUAGAAAUAUGACUAAUCGUUUGACUGAUUUGCAUAAAAAACUUUGCUUUUAUAUGGAUAAAAGUCAAUCCAAUUUUAAUAAACAGAUAUUGAUUAAAUUAAAUAUGCUCCAUGAAAGCCUGCAGUUCUUUAUUCAAUUUAUUGAAAAGCACAUUCUAAAUAAAAUUAAUAUCAUUCUGGAUACGGAACAAGAAAAUAAAAUUCACAAAUCUAUUGUAUUGAUUGAAUGUUUAAUUAUUUCUAUUAUUGUAUGCAUUACAAUCGUUCCAUUGAUUUUUAUUGGAAUCAAAUUCUUGUUGGAAUGGAAAGUUAAACAUAUUCAACAGACAAUUGAUCAAGUCGGUUGUUUGAAUAUUCAAAGAAGUAAUCAAGAACAAUAUCCAUUGGAUGUCAUCAAUAACGAUGCAUUACCUAAUCAACUUAAGCCGUAUGGCGUAUACAAUGAUAUGAACAACACAAGCGGUGAAAAUUCUAAUUCAUCGUCUAAUAACAAUCUAAUGGAAAAGAAUAAAACUGAUGAUCAUCAUUCUGUUGGUAUAUUUCUUUUUUCAAUACGACUCUGUUUUGCUCUAAUAAAUAUGUUGAUCAUUAUUUUGUCUCUUAUUACUGGAUUUCUCUAUGGGCUUGAUUUAUUAUUAAACAUGUCUUGCGAAUUAGUACAUCAUAAUCAAACAUUACUUAUUUCACUUGUAACAAAUAAUUUCGUCAAUCAAAGCGGUACUUUUGAUGUAAAUAGAACAAUAUUUAACAUAAUUAACGAUUGUAAUCGAAAUGUUCACUUCAGUAAAAUUUUAUUCGAAAAUGCUUCUACUCAAUUACAAAAUGAAUUAAGUUCUACAAUUAAAGAUAUUAAUCAAAAUAUUUUCGAUCAAUUUUUGAAUUUUAAUAACAAGAUAAAUAUUACAUCGGAUUUACAUUUACUUAUGAGUAUAGCCAGUUCUAGUGGUCUAACUAAAAUUGUAAUGCUUCUCAAGUCAAUUGACCAUGAUUUUGAACAAAUUCGACAAAUUUUUCAACGAAUUCUUAAACGUAACUCAACAUUACUGACUAAUUUUACCAGUAGCGUAUUCAAUGAAUUUGAAGAAUUUACGAUGAAAGUAAUUCAAUCAACAAUUGAAAAAUGUCCAUUACCGAAAGAUACUAUACUAAGAGCGGAUGAAUUGAUUUGUCAUCAGACAGCAAAGAAUAUAAACGGUUUAUGGCUUCAGAUAUUUUUAUUUUCGUUUAGUAUGAUAACUGGUAUCUAUAUUCUUGGGAUAUACAUUUAUAAACAAUUGUUUUAA